UGCGUAAUUUUUCUCAAGUGGGUCUAAAUGUCUAAUACUUAAAUCGUCUAAAUACGACGGAUUUGUUGGUUCUUGUCGAGACGUUUUUUUAAGUCGCAUAAGAUAGCAUGAUUUAAUAGGGUAUUGAUGUCCACCCAUCUAUUAAGUUAGAGCUCAUGUUGACAUUGUGGGAUUAGUUUUCUUGAUUGUGGAAAUUUAUUAUUCAAUCAUCAUACUAUUGUGGAAUCUGCAAAAGAAUUUUAUUGGGGAAAACGAUCGAUCUACUAGUGGUGAAAGUCAAAUCUUUGUAAGAUUGUCGAUGAAUCAAAGUUGAGGGUGACUAAACGUACCCUAAUCUCUGUUCUCCUUUAAAAACUUCAAACUCGUCUCAGUUUCCACAAACCGAAAUUAAUACUUGAAAUUGAAAUCGACAAAUAGCACAAAAUUGCAAUUAUGCAUUUAGUUAUUUUCAUGUGGUUGUGACUUACCCACCCUAAUCAUCUUCAGAAGACUAGCAAAAAAAAUUGCUUGAGUAAAAUUAAAAUUUUAUUAUUAUAAAAUUGUCGAUGAAUUAGAUUUCGGAUGAACAUAUUCACUCAUAUUUUCACACUCCUCUUUCACAUUGGUGGAGCCACCUUAUAGCCAGGAGAGGAGGGGCUAUAGCCCCCCUCCCCAACUCUGAAAAUGGUGUAAAUUCUGUAACAAAUUUGGAGAAUAUAUUAGGUUAUAAGGCUUUAGCACCUCCUCUCCGGUUCAAACAUCUUGAACGUAAACUUUAGUCCCCUUACUUAUAUUUCUAGCUCCGCCAUUGCUCUUUCAAUAUUCAAAACUCAUGCCCUUCUCAUAAAUCUAGACUAGAACUUAAAAAUCACCACAUAUCUUCACACACAAACAAGAAAGACACCACUCCAUAGGCAAAUGAGUGGAGGCUCAAGAAUCCUUCGGUGUGUGGUGUGUCUCAUGCUCAGACUUAUAUAGAAAGGAAACUCCCAACGAAUUUCAAAUACCUAGGAAUUCAAAACUCAUCCAAAUACAUGUAUUUGUAAAAAAAAAAAAACCCCAAAUUUGUUUUGCACCAAAAGAAACCAGAGCCAGGUUGAAAACCUAGAAAAUCAACCAAAUAAGCUUUUCUUCUAUAAAGGAGCGUACUUUUUUCCUGGUACCUCCGUUCCCCAUCCCUUCCCUCCCUUCCUUCUUCCCCUUCCCAACCAUUCAAACCCAACCCUUUCCCAUGGCUGCCACCGCCUCCACCACCACCUCCACCGCCGCCAACACCUCCUCCCUCUCCAAAUCCUCCACUUCCAAAUGCCCUUUCCCUCAGAAACCCAAUCUCUUCUUUCCCCCAACUUCAAAAACCCUCCCUAAACCCUUUACCGCCGCCACCCGGGGCCUCUGCCGUAUCUCCUCGGCUUCUCCCCGGAGCGGAGAUUUCCCCCUUUCAGACGACGAACGUUGCUACUACGACGAACUCGACGACAAGCCCCGCGAGGAGUGCGGCGUGGUGGGCGUCUACGGCGACCCAGAAGCCUCCCGGCUCUGCUACCUGGGCCUCCACGCCCUCCAGCAUCGCGGCCAGGAAGGCGCCGGCAUCGUAGCGGUAAAGGACAAGGUUUUUCAGUCUGUUACUGGUGUUGGGUUGGUCACCGAUGUGUUUAACGAGUCCAAAAUCAAUCAAUUGCCCGGCGAUUUGGCCAUCGGCCAUGUUAGGUAUUCCACCGCCGGAGCUUCCAUGCUGAAAAACGUGCAGCCCUUUGUCGCCGGGUAUCGAUUCGGGUUUGUUGGGGUCGCGCACAAUGGUAAUCUGGUGAAUUACAGGAAGUUGCGAGCGGACCUGGAAGAUAGCGGUUCGAUUUUCAACACUAGCUCUGACACCGAAGCUGUUCUGCAUUUGAUUGCUAUCUCCAAAGCGAGGCCCUUCAUAGCCAGAAUCGUCGACGCUUGCGAGAAGCUCGAGGGCGCCUAUUCGAUGGUUUUUGUUACGGAGGAUAAGUUGGUUGCUGUUAGGGAUCCUUACGGGUUUAGGCCAUUGGUGAUGGGGAGGAGAAGCAAUGGCGCUGUGGUGUUUGCUUCGGAGACCUGCGCUCUCGAUUUGAUCGAUGCCAAGUACGAGAGGGAAGUAAAUCCUGGAGAGGUUGUGGUUGUCGACCAUGAAGGGAUCUCGUCGCUCUGCCUUUUGGGUCAUCGCGAGCCGAAGCAGUGCAUAUUCGAGCACAUCUACUUUGCCCUGCCGCAGUCUGUGGUGUACGGCAGGUCUGUCUACGAGUCCAGGCGUCUGUUUGGGGAGAUACUCGCCACAGAAUCGGGUGUCGAUUGUGACGUGGUGAUCGCAGUUCCGGAUUCUGGAGUCGUGGCUGCUCUGGGCUACGCAGCGAAAGCAGGGGUGCCGUUUCAGCAGGGCUUGAUUCGGUCGCAUUACGUGGGGAGGACGUUCAUCGAGCCGUCUCAGAAGAUCAGGGAUUUCGGGGUGAAGCUGAAGCUUUCUCCCGUGAGGCAGAUACUGGAAGGGAAGAGGGUCGUGGUGGUGGACGAUUCCAUCGUGAGAGGGACGACUUCGUCCAAGAUUGUUAGGAUGAUCAAGGAAGCUGGAGCUAAAGAAGUCCACAUGAGGAUUGCCAGUCCCCCGAUCAAGGCCUCGUGCUACUACGGAGUUGAUACUCCGAGCUCCGAGGAGUUGAUAUCGAACAGGAUGAGCGUGGAGGAGAUCAGGGAUCACAUUGGUUGUGAUUCAUUGGCGUUUUUGGAGUUUGAUAGCUUGAAGAAGCUGCUGGGGCAGGACUCGCCCGACUUCUGUUACGCUUGCUUCUCCGGGAACUAUCCUGUCCUGCCUAGGGAAGAGAAAGUGAAGCGAGUUGGGGAUUUUGUGGAUGAUGGUUUGAAUGGUAGCAUUGACAACAUUGAAGGUGCAUGGGUUCAAGGGCCUCCUCCGAUCGAUGAUGACAGCGAGUUGGUGACCCCGUUGUCGGGUUAAUGUUUUGAUCGUGUUGCAAGUCGAGUCGAGCCCGUGGCUCUCAGAAAGAACACAGCAACCAGCAUUAGUAGGACUGGUGGUUAUGAUUUAGCUCUCUGCAAGAUGUGUUUAAGAAGUUAUCUGACUCGUUAGUUUGAGAUGUUCGUUGUCUAAGCUAUAGCUCCAGAAGCCUCGAAACCUACACAAUUUUGCUGCUUCGUUUUUUCGGGUUAUUGCAGGGCUUUGAAUUCAAGUACUGGUUUUUAGAGUCGAGUCCUUUUGAGUUUGAUGGCAGAUGGUAAUGUCGGAUGAUGAUGAUGAUGAAUGAUAGAUUCUAACAUCACUUGUUUGAUGUUCAAGUUUCUGCAGAUUUCUCAUGUAAUUAACGCUCUUCUAUGGUUACGCUUUCACGAUCCCAACUUGGGCAAUAUAUGAGCUCCAUAAAUAUUUGUUGGGAUCGGCAGUAACUUGUUACACAAGUAAUGAAGCUUCCCAAUGUAC